AUGUUGUUCAAGACUUUAUUUCUAUUGGCUGCUCUAGCAUCGGUCGCAAAUUGCGAUCCAAGAUUGAGAUUUGUUUUCUAUUUUGGAACCGAUUUUGUUGAAACAGCUGAAUACAAUGCACUGAACUUGGGAAACUUGUUCACCCAUCCAUCAUUUAAUCGAAAUGUUCAGACAGUAAUGUUCCACUAUGGAGCUGGUCAGUCAAUAUCGUCAAUUCCAGUCAAUGAUGUCAUCACUUCUUACAUUUUUAAUCGUAACUAUAACUUUGUCGUGGUUGCAUAUGAGGAUAGCAGCAUUGUGAACACUGAUAAUGCUGUUGAUCUUGCUGAAGGAAUCGCUGAAGCUCUUAUUCGUCUAUUCGAUACUGGAUUAAAUUCAGGAAGCAUGAACCUCCUCGGAUUUUCACUCGGUGCUCAAAUUCUUGCUCGUGCUUCUCGCCGUCUUCAAACUAUUACAAGUCGUAGACACAUUGUUGGACGUUUAACAGGACUUGAUCCAUGGAACAUGGGUCCAAUUGUAGCUGUUAGAGUCGGACGUUUAAGCUCAGCUGAUGCACAAUGGGUAGAAUCAAUUCAUACAGAGAAUCCAAAUCGUGGUGACCACGAAUCAUUUGGACAUGUUCAAUUCUUCUUUAAUGGAGGAACUGCACAGCCACAAUGUAACCAAGUCAGUCCAAUUUCACGUUGGGAUUGCAGUCAUGACUUUGCACUUACAUACUGGGCUGAAUCAGUAAGAUCAAGCGUACGCACAUUCCCAGCUUUACAGUGCUCAUCAUGGGCUUUGUAUGAAUCGGGUGCUUGCAAUAAUAAUGAUGUUGGACAUAUGGGAAGAACAACAGAGGCUAAUUUGAGAGGACCAUACUUCUUAAGAACCAAUUUGACUCCACCAUUUGCCAGAGACACAGCUUUGCCUUAA